UUGAAAGAGACACCAGUGAUCCUCGCUCAAGGAGGGGCAUAAAAACACUUCAGGUGCUUUUUAAUCGGGUUUUAUAAGGAGAUCUCUGCUGGAUCUCCCUCACUGCGCUCCGCCCGGUGCUUGAGGACAGAAGAUGCCCAGGCAGUUCCUCUGCCCAGUGUUCGGCUCGUCACUGUGGUUGGCACUGAUACUCCAGUCUCUCAUUUCCUCCGCUGUUACCUACAGGAGACCAGUGUCCGGAGGGAAGAGACAGAGCUUUCUAGAGAGAACCUUGAUUUUACUGGACGUGAAUACGCGAAGCCCGGUGAAAGUUUUGAAUGACAACUUCCUCUCGCUGCAGUUGGAUCCAUCUAUCAUAAAGGAUGGCUGGCUGGACUUCUUAAGCUCCAAGCGGUUAGUCACUCUGGCACGGGGACUCUCUCCAGCUUAUUUGAGGUUUGGGGGCAAACGGACCGACUUUCUCCAGUUUCAUAACCUGAAGAAUCUUGCAAAGUUUAGAGGGCCCGGACCAGACUAUUACCUCAAAAACUAUGAAGAUGACAUAGUGCGCAGUGACUUCGCUCUGGACAAACAAAAGGGUUGCAAGCUGGCCAGCCACCCAGACAUGAUGCUGGAACUGCAGCGGGAGAAAGCGGCUCAGAUGCAACAGGUCUUGUUGAAAGAACAGGUCUCCAACAUCUACAGCGAUGUCACGUUAACAGCCAGGUCUUUAGACAAACUUUACAACUUUGCCGACUGCGCGGGACUGCACCUGAUCUUUGGGUUGAAUGCCUUGCACAGAAACCCUGACAACUCAUGGAACGCGUCCAGUGCUCUGAGUCUGCUCAAAUACAGCGCCGGCAAAAAAUACAACAUCUCCUGGGAGCUCGGCAAUGAGCCCAACAGUUACCAUGCAAUGGCUGCCCGAUCAGUCAACAGCUCUCGUCUGGCUCAGGAUUACUCUCUUCUGAAGACGUUGCUGCAGUCGGUGCGUUUCUACAGCCGGGCGAACCUCUACGGGCCCAACAUCGGCCGUCCUCGAAAAAAUGCAGUCCUGUUACUAGAUGGGUUUAUGAAAAACGGUGGUUCUGUGGUUGAUGCAGUAACGUGGCAACAUUACUACAUUGACAGGCGGGUGACCAAAGUAGAAGACUUCAUGAAGACAAGACUCCUGGACACCCUGUCUGAGCAGAUUACAAAGGUGUUAAAGAUUGUUCAGACUCAUGCUCCAGAGAAGCGUGUGUGGCUGGGUGGAGUUGGUCCGGCUUGGGCAGGAGGCACCAAUAAUUUAUCUGACACGUUUGCUGCUGGUUUUCUGUGGCUCAACACUCUUGGUAUCGCCGCAGCUCAUGGGAUUGAUGUUGUACUCCGACAUUCUUUUUUUGAUUAUGGAUACAACCACCUCGUCGACCAGCACUUCAACCCUUUACCUGAUUACUGGUUAUCUCUGCUCUUUAAACGUCUGGUGGGCCCGAGGGUGCUUGCGGUGCACGUUGCAGGUCUCCAGAGGAAACCACGCCCUGGACGGGUGAUCCGGGACAAACUCCGCAUCUAUGCGCACUGCACCAGCUUUCACAAUCACGAUUAUGUCAGAGGGUCCAUAACCAUCUACAUCAUCAACCUGCAUCGGUCACGGAAAAAAAUCAAGCUGGCCGGGACAUUACGAAAUAAAACUGUUCACCAAUACCUGUUACAGCCCUUCGGCACAGAUGGACUUCACUCCAUGUCUGUGCAGCUGAACGGAGAGCCCUUGCGUAUGGUGGACAAUGAGACGUUCCCUGAGCUGAAGCCACGGACACUCAGGGCAGGAAGAACGAUAGCCAUGCCACCUGUAUCCAUCGGCUUCUACGUGAUCAAGAAUAUUAACGCCUACGCCUGCCGAAGAUAACACACACUGACCAACCUCAGACCAUCCUCGUGGCCUUCUCCUCUUUUUAUAAGCCCACAGAGACGUGGAAGAGACUCCUUGGUUCAAGCAAGGGUUGCACUGAAUGCUUCCAACAACAUUUCUCCUCUUUUUUUUUAACCACAAAAAAAGCUUGACUUGUGGAAAGUGAAUGUAUUUUGGUUGCCCUUUUGUGUUUUUUUGUCACUUUCGGUUGCAGGAGUGUAAUGAAGUGCUUCACGGAGAGCUUUGUAAUCCGAUGUUGAAGACCAGCGUAAGCUAUGAACCCAGUGCCAAUGUGCGGUUCAGAUGCGGUAUGACGAUUAUGAAGUAGAUCGAUCAGAAUCGGACCGGUUUCACAUUUUCUGCGGUCAUUUUGUGGGAAAAUCUGUGCAAUGGGUUUGAACAUGGUAAAAUGUGUUAAACAGAUAUGACAGCACUACAUUCUCAUUGGUAGCUAGGAACAUUAUCAGAUCAGCCAAAAUAUUUGAAUGAUGAAAAUGCACAGGACGCAAGCGACAGCCGUUUCAAUUCUCCGGAGUUCUGUGGGUGCGGAUUCUGUGUGGGCCUGUCUGUCAGCUUAAUGUGAUUUAGCCGAGUAGGACGUGUUCCUGGAUCAACAUCCUUGUUGGUUCUUAAACAACAUUCCAGCUUGACAGCCAAUCAGAUUUUAGGGUUAGAUUUAGGGGGCUUGAAAAUUGUUCUUUCAACCAAUCAUUUUAAAGGUAGGUCAUGCUUAGGGUUGCAAGUCUUAGAACUAUGCUUGCUGUGUCAGGACAGAGAAAGGAGGUUUAUCCUGCUAAAUCUCAUCGUGCAAAUAACAGUUUGAUCUGAAUUACAUCUCUUUUGUGUACUUUUUUGGAUUCUGAGUUCUAAAGCACACGGCCAAAUCUUGACCCGUAAACUUUCUUUUUCAUCGCAGGACAGUAAAUAUAACCUCCUAUUUAAAGCCAUCUUUAUAACUUUUAACACUGACCCAUGGCCUAAAAAACAGCUUGCAGUCUUUGGUUCUCUGACCCAUUUUUAUUUUUUUAUUUUUUUUAGUUGCUGCUUUAUCAUGUCAAACUGUACAAUGAUGAAGGUACUACAGAAAGAUAUAUAGAUAUUUACUAAAACAUCCUUAUAUUUUAUUGCUAAAUUAGAAAGGAUUAACAUAACACACAAUCUUUAUGCAAUCUUUAUCGAUUCUCUGAGAAAUACUGCCUUAUAUUUAUGAUGUUUACAUGUUUGAUUUCCAAUUGCUCAGACUCCUUUGAAGCUGUAAGGAAAGAGCAGGGAGUUUUUGAAGGCAUCGUUUUGCUUUAUGAAGAACUGUGUAUCAUAAAGUUGUUGCAGAGCUCAGGAAAUUAGCUUGUCCAUUAGCGUCAUGUUCAAAGCAUUUUUUUUUUUUUUUUGCUAUAACAUUGUGAACCUGAGCUUAGUUUUCCAGAUUUCUUCUGCUAUAUUAUUAAUACUGGGGCCCUGGAAGGUGACAAUUAAGUCACACUUAAAAUGUUAUUACUUUUACACAUUGUAUCAGUUCAAGUGGUAGUUAUUUUUCAAGCAAUAUAUUUCACAAAAUGAAAUUUGUCAAGUGAUGUAAAAAAAAUGGCAAAGACAUAUUCUGUAUCAUACAUUCUGAAAAAUUCCCAUUUGGCUUGAUAUUUUGUCUUUUUUUAAUAUUUGUUUUUGAAAACAUUUUAAUUGUCACCAAAUUUUGCAUAUACUUUUAGGGCCACUAUAAAUCCCAUGUACAGCGAUUCAUUUUUGCUGCUAGCUGCCUUAAUUAAAAUUAAGCAUAUGUUUUUGUACAGGUACAAACUUUUUUAUAUUAAUAAAUGUACAUACAAUUGGUUUUCGAUUUAAACUGUGUGCUUCCUUGCUCUAUAAAUAUUAUUUAUAUAAAUGUAUAUGUUUGGUUAUGAGUGUGUGUGUAUAUAUAAACAGUUGACUUUCGUCCACAUUGGCAGAUAAUUAUAUUGUACUUUUUGUAAAACAAACAGCAGAGACUGAUUUAAAUGUUUAGCAAUGAAACUGCCCUUUGAAUUUCAAAUGUAUUUCAUUGCUCACAGUAUGCACAUUUGUGUAUCACAAUGUUUUACAUUGUAUAUUCUUUGGUCACUCAGUCACAAUGCAAAAAAUAAAAA